AUGGCAAAAGCAGAAUAUGGAACCCCCAAGUUUCUUGCUAAGCAAAUGAAGGCAAAAGGCCUCCAGAAGUUGAAGUUUUACUGUCAAGUUUGUAAUAAACAAUGUCGAGACGCCAACGGUUUCAAAUCCCAUGUCAUGUCCCCAUCACAUACCAGAAAGAUUCAAGAGAUUGGAACUUCUAAGCAUGCUAUCCAGGAAGCCAUCGAUAAUUACUCACGGGAUUUACAAGACGAUUUCUUGCGGUUGUUGAAAUUGACCCACGGCACUAAAAAAGUCAAUGCCAAUAAGUUUUAUCAGGAAUAUAUCAGUAAUGACAAAGACCAUAUUCAUUUGAAUUCCACAAGAUUCAGCUCAUUAUCAAGUUUCAUAUUUCAUUUGGAAAAAUCGGGGAAAAUAGAAGUGGUGAGAAACCCAGGAGAGGAACAAAUCCCAAAUGUCAUCGAGGAUGAUGAGUCUGCACAAUACAAUACGCAAAACUUCUUGAUAAAACUACCCGAUACUAGGGAUAAAGCUUUGGAGAAGUCUAAUAAACGACAGAGGGUUGAGAAAAAUGAAGAGGAGUUGAAAAUGGAAAUGAUCAAAAAGAAAAUCGAGCAAGAUCAAAUUGCUUUGAAGACCGUAACGCAGGAAGAGGAUAAAGAGACACCGCCAGCAACACAAGAAUCAAAUAAACUGGAGACAAAGCCAAUAAAACUAUCGUUAAAGAAAUCAGGAGAUAAUGCUGAAGGGUUUAAAUCAAGAAGAGCCGCGUUGGGGUUCAAAGUAUCGAAACCCACAAAAACGCAGAACAGGAUGAAGUUAAAAUGA